UUCUAUCAAUUCUGUUCUUAUUUUUCCACCUCAGGCUUCCAUCUGAGCGGUACGGUCAGUGAACCCAGCGGUCAACUCUACGAGCCAGAGCAAAAGCAUCGGGUAUCGAUAAGCUUUGAUCGCUGCAAGAUCACGGCGGUAACGUGCACCUGCGGCAACCGCGACAUCUUCUGGUGCCAACAUGUGGUGGCGCUCUCACUUCACAGAAUACGGCGGGCGCGGGAAGUCCAGCUGCGCUUGCCCAUCUCCGAGACGUUACUUCAGAUGGAUCGGGAACAACUCCAGAAAUUUGCUCAGUACCUCAUUGCCGCACAUCACACAAAUGUCCUGCCAACGGCACAGAAACUCGCAGACGAGAUCUUGCAGUCAAAGUCAGAAAUCAACCAGCUUGCAGGUGCACCUGACCCGACAGCUGGAGCCAGUAUAGAUGACGAUAGCUGCUGGCAUCUCGACGAAGAGCAAGUCCAAGAGCAGGUCAAACUCUAUCUUCAGCAGGGAAGCUACUAUGACUCGGGGAAACAACUUAACUCAUUAUUUGCCAAGGUACGAGAAAUGUUACGGGUUCGAGACUCCAACGGAGCACGUAUGUUGACGUUAAUCACAGAACAGUUCAUGGUGGAUCCUAGGUUACAACUAUGGAGGCAACAAGGGACACCAAUGACAGACAAACACAGACAACUCUGGGACCAACUAGGUUUACUAUGGAUGGUGGUGGUGAUGAAUCCAGGUUACUCAAAGCGAGAUAAAGAGCUCUGGAGAGUGCGGUUACGGCAAUGGAGUUCCAAUGACCUUUGCCCUCUAGAAGACGCAGACGCUCGCAGUAAUAUUCCCAACCCUGGACCAGGUGCAAUAAACAAUGUGGCAGGACCGUCCGCAAACGGCGACAGACCGAGGACGAUCUUCACAAGGGCGAUAGAGGCGUGCGACCUUCAGUGGUGUGACAACCACUUACAAAACGUCUUGAACAAAGACUACUUCAUGUGUGUGCACCAUAUCAAAGAUAUGGAUUAUGGUCUGUUCAACCAGUCAGCCUUUCCACUCUGGUCAGAACAUCUACCAACAGCUUGUGCGAGAGUAGAUGCUCUGCGUUCCCAUGGUUACCCCAAAGAAGCAUUACGUCUAGCCGUCUCCAUCGUUAGAUACCUCAAAAAAGUACAGCAAGACCACCUCAAACAAGCUAAACACAGUGCCCGUAAAUCAAAACGGAAAUGUUCCCAGAGCAGCAUGACGGCCAGCGAGGUAUUCUACGGUAGCGGCGGCGGCAGUAGCAACAUUGCGAGGGACGCGAGCGAGGCGUGGAUCGGCCAUCCCCUGGACCCCAUCGGAUGCUUGCUAGACACCCUCCUAGAGGCAUCCAGUGCUAACCCCGAGGGCUUGGAUGGUGGCGACGGUGGGGUGGCCAUAUUUGCAGCAAGAACUUCCGUCAGAUUCAAACUUCAGGAUUGCAUGUCCAACUGCCCUUCCACCAGCGGGUCAUCAUCCAACCAAUCCUCCUCCUCCUCAGCGAGCCACGCUAACAACAAAUACCGUCACGUCAGGGUGACGGGGUCCAACGACCCUCUGGAGUCGUACCUCACCCUGGCCUACGAGGUCGCCGUCAUCGGGCUGGGCCAGCAGAGGGUGAUGCCGAUGGGGCUGUAUGCUCAGGACAAGGCUUGCAGGGCGGAGGAGGAACUCAUCACAAGGCAUAGUGAGAUCCUGAUGGACCAUAAUCUGGUCCAGGUCUUGCAGCAGCAGGCUAAUACCCUGAUGGAAGCAGGUACUGCCAGUGGUCUAGGUAGCACAGUGAGACCAGAGAGUUUUCCCAUGCACACCUUUGGUAGAUACCUCUUCCAGACCCUGCUCCCGUACAAUGAGGACCUGGCCUACAAGGUUGGACUACGUGCCAUGAGAUUGCCCAUCUUAGAGGAAGGCACAUCGGGCAGUGGAGGACUGACAGCCAGCAGUAUGAACGCAGUUCUGAUGGGUCGAUAUCCUCGCUGGUUUGUGCUCGGACACAUAGAGUCCCAACAGUGCGAGCUGGCUAGCUGUAUGAUCACUGCUGCAAAGGAUGAUCCUCGUCGACUGCGGAAUGUUCUGGAGGCAGCCCAACGCCACAUCCACAGUGCAUCACAACUCUUCAAGCUUGCUCAGGAUGCCUUCAAGGUAGCCACACCCGUCGAUGGCCCCACCCACUACACCCUCCUCAAGGCGACCUUUGACCUUGGCCUGCACAUCAUGCGCAUGACCCUCGCCAACAUGAACUGGAGACGGAGGGACAUGGUGCACUGGAUGGUCCGCUGCGCCACGGAGAUCGGCAUGGGCGCACUCAUCACCAUCAUGCAGUCGUGGUACACGCUCUUCUCACCGACGGAAGCAACGACGAUGGUCGCGACCACGGUCAUGUCGCCCACCACCGCCGUCAGGUUGAACCUGAACUUCAGAGAACAGGAGGAGCUAGCCCGGUGUGCUCGAAGCGUGGCUUUACAAUGUGCUGCCAAGGAUCCACCUUCCUGUGCACUAUGUGCUUUAACUCUAUGUGAGAAAGACACUGUGGCAUUCAAGGCCGCCUAUCAAAUAGUCGUGGACGCGGCAGCAGGAGCCAUGAACUCUCAGCAACUCUUUACGAUAGCAAGGUACAUGGAGCACCGGGGCUAUGCCUCGCUGGCCUACGACCUGGCCGUCCUCGCCAUGAGGAAUCUUUCGUUGGGGUACAACCAGGACACGCAUCCAGCAAUAAACGACGUGUACUGGGCUUGUGCACUCAGCCACUCACUGGGCAAAGAGCAGCUGACUAAUAUGAUCCCUCUAGUGGUCAAGAGCGUCCAGUGUGCCUCGGUCCUUGCUGAUGUACUUCAUAGAUGUACUCUAACAGCCCCUGGUGUUGGUUGCCCACCUGAUGUCAAACGUCGCUGCAUCAAACUCUUGCCAUAUGACAAAGAUCCCAUGCGUCAGCUCCUCGACGCGGCCAUCGCUGCUUACAUCAACACCGCCCAUUCCCGCCUCACACACAUCUCCCCGCGCCACUACGGCGACUUCAUCGAGUUCCUCGGGAAGGCUCGGGAGACAUUUUACCUCGCGCCCGAUGGCCACAUGCGCUUCACCAAGCUAAUAGACGACCUUAAGAUCAUGUACCGCGGCAAAAAGAAACUAAUGCAUCUUGUUCGGGAGAGGUUCGGAUGACGCUGGGCCUUAGAGGGCACUCUCUCAGCCCCAGAGCGGGGCACGACUAUAGACAGAGGCGUAGAGGUGUAUGUGCCAGUUGUGGGUAUUCUGUGGUUGUGAAUCAAUUACUGCAGGGGCAAUAUGCAAAUUCUUUUUUUCUUUUUUUUAAUUCCUUGAUAUGGAAAAAGGAUGUUACCGAUUCUAGCCACACCGUUGUAGUAUUGUGUAUUAUUGAUUUGAUUCCUGUCUCUGUUUCCAUGUUAUGUAACUCGUUAGUAUGCCAUGAUAUGAACUCUUAAAAGUGUUCCACAGUAAACAAACAUUACAAUUUGUAACUCAUCCAAAUUGAAUCAUGUGUUGAACAUCAGUAUUCGGAUAAGUCAUCCAGUUAAGUUGUUGUCCUCGUCGUUGUCAAGAAAGUAAAAAAAUGCACGUUAUAUUACAUGUGAGGUUUCCUGUCUCUAAGGCUAUGGCUUGAAGUUCCCAAGAAAUAAUCUGAAAGACUUGAAGAGAAGAAUUUUAUAAACAUUCAGGGUCAUACAUGUAGCUUGUAAGGGCUCACUGGAGUUAAGGAUUUCUUUCUCGUGCUGCAAUUUACAUCUCAUGCUCCAUUGCGCAAUUAGAAAGCAAUGAAAAUUUACUUUCUUGUUUGUAAUGCAGGAUUAUUUCUUUGGUCUUCAAAACCGCUUAUUCCUCCAAAAUGCUUGAUGAAAAUAGAACAUUUAUUUCCAAAGCUAGCCACUUGUUGAAGUAAAGACAAGACCUCACCUUUGUGUGUGUGUCCAAGCCUACACAUGUAUGUUUGAUGUGUUUCAUUGAAGUAAACAGUAAAUACCCUUUAUGUAAUUCAUAAUCUUUACAUAAAUUUCCACCCUUAAAAAUUGUAAAUGGAUUUAUAAAUGCAUGAACUUAAUAUGUUUAUGAAGUUAACCAGAUUUCAUUCUAUUCAUUGCCAUGAAUGUAAUAUAUUUAUGAUCAGUCCAUACACGUCUGUUAUAAGAAUCAUUGUAAUAUUGUCUUUGUAGCCCUGUACCAUCUCAAAGACGUGUAAAUGCAUCCUUUUAGGAAAAUUCAUAUUUUAAUAUUGCCAAUAAUGUCGAUAAUUCAUUUCUUCAUCUCUAGAAGCAUUGCCAAAGGUAGGAAAUUGUCAAAGAGACAACUCUUGCUCCAAUUGUAGUGUUGUUAAUUGCCAAAAGACCCCCAAAAUGCAUGAUUCUUUUAACAUGUGAGUAAUUCCACUACUCAGUGUGUAGUGUUAUGAAAUGUAUUUAAAUAAUUUAUUACAACAAACAAAACUUUCAAUAGCAGAUAUAUUAUAAGUGCUCAUGUAUAACAUAGGAACUGUAAGGGGCAUGGCUAAUGCCAAAUCUCCUUGUUAAGAAUUAUCACUAUCCUUGUAUCUGAGCUGGCUGUAUUGCUAUCCAUAAAAACAACUCCAAAUAAAGUAAUGUCAUAGGUUCAUUAUUCUGGAUGUAUUUAAUUAUAAUCCUUCAAUUGUUGCCAGUCAGCAAUGCCCCAACAUGCUUUCUUAAUUCUGUGGUUAUAAUAAACAUAUCGCCAUAAGAAUAAGAAGGAGAUAUUUCAAUUUCUAAGAGACUUUGUCUAAUAUCUUAGAAAUGGAAUUGUAUUGAAUAUUUGGAAUAAGGUGGCAAACUAGCAAGUUAUUGAGUUAAUGAUUUAUGUAGCUGGAUGCCCCAUAUUCUUGAUCUAUUUAUCCUUUCUUGAUUGACUAAGUUAAGACAAGACGAUUUUCUUUUUGAAGAAUCUACCUCAUUUACCUCAUAUCUUAACAUGUACAUUAGAACUCUUAUUAUUCAUUACUUAAUGGUUAUUGCCAAUAUAUUUAAAUAUUAAAAAUCAAAUAGGCAUGAUGCAGGGAAAUUAUUUUGAUGUGUCAUAAUUCAUAGUUGAGGAUUGAUUGAAAAUAAAUAGUCUUGGGAAAUCGAGGGUAGAAUUUAAGAUGAUUUCCUUCCAUUUUUGCGUGUAUCAGUACCUACAUUGACUUACCUGCGCAUUUUAUAGAUAUCGUACAGAAAUCUUUUGCAAAAAAAAAUGCUUCCCAAAGAAAAUGCAUGUUUAAUUUCUGUCUCUAGUUCACAUGCUAUGGCUAAAUAGUUCAAAAUUGCACCAUUAUUUCAGGAAAUGGCUAGAAGUAAGACCAUUUCUCAUCAUAAAAGUUUUAAAUCUUGGUAAAUAAAAUACCCUAUAUAAUUUAAGUCUGAUUUCUUGAGCGUUCAUUUUUCUUCAUGCUGCAGACAAAAACAAAACAAUGAUAGCUGCGUUAUUACGAUGAUUUCAAGCUUGUGUGGAAACCAUAAGAAGUUGUAAAAAGUCGUUUGAAUCAUUAUAUAUUUAUUUAUUGUGAGUGUUAUCACAAAAGAAGACCUAGUCUUUGCAUGAGCUCACUUGUUUGUGGUUUCUCGUUGUCACGGAUACACACCUCACACGUUAUACUUCUUGUUUACGCACAUUUCAAAGUGAAAGAUGUAAAGUGUUUCUUCUUUUUUUUAUAUAUAGUUUCUGAAAUCGUGGCAUUACCUGAAAUUGUGCAUAUUGUAUAUGUUGUAAAGCUGCUUCUUCCUUUUUUUUUUUAAAGAAAGAAGUGUGAUAGUCUAUCAAAGUGCACCUUUAUCGGUCUAUAUUUAAAAUUAUUUCCUUUUUCUUUAUCUUGUAGAAGAUAAUGUGCUGUGAAUGAAGAAGGGCUGCUCUGGGUUUAAAUUAAGACUGAGUUCUCGCAAAUACUUCUCACCUAAAACUUCUAAACUGCCAAAACUCCACAUUAAUUUGCUAAUUUUAGAAGGAAAUUACCACUUUUUAAAAGUGUUUUUAUCGUUUUCUAAAUAAGAAAAAUAAAAUUAAUCAACAUAUAAAAAACUAAAGCUUUGUCUUGAUAAUAUUUAGGUGUUGCAAGAUGGUAUGGCAGUUAUGUCUUUGCUUGUCACUGACUUUGAGUAAAGGUAACAUAAUAGAACCAUUGACAAUCAUUGUUACUUGAACAAAAAUGAAAGAAAGAGAGAUUAAUUAAAAAGAGAACUCAGAUCUGAUUUAUGAACUGCAGGAAGAAAGGAGUCACUAACCCGUGUCUAUGUACUAUUGUAUGAUGGUGACAAUGUAUGUUGUUUGUUUAUUAUGUUUAUCUGUAAUGCUAGAUUAGAUAAAGGUUUUUUUUUUUCUUUUUCUUUUUUUUCUUUUGCCACCACAAUUGGAUAUGAAGUGGAAGUGCCAAUAUAUUUUGACAAAGAUUUUGUUUUUCUAAGGGAUUGAAGAUGAAGAACAGGUGCUAUUUUAUGUCAAAACUUUUUUGAAGGGGAAUCAAGUGCAAGGAAUGUUUCUGUACAAAGACAAACAAAUACAUUUUAUUGAUGUUCCAAGGUUUUCUUUAUGAUAGUUGUCGAGUGUCAUGUACAGUUGAUAUCGACUGUAUGAUUGUAUCAAAUAUUUCUAAGUUUGUAGAGUCUACUAAAUAUGUUUCUUGUUUUCUUCUUUUUCUUCUUUUUUUCCACAUGACCAAAUUGUUUGCCGCAAGAUACAUAUUAUUUGUGUGAUUUCUAUUGUGUUUAGACGAGGUAUUUACAGAUAUAUCGAGUUCGAAUGGGUUGAACCUGUUCAGAAAGAAAGAAAUAAUGGGUAUUUAGCAAGAUGCAGGGAUGUCCUUCUAUUAGAUUACUAGCUGAUUUGUUAUAAAAGAUUGUUAAUUGCAGAGAAAUGCAACAAACCAUUUUUUUACCCAUUACUUUCAUUAUAAAGCUUCAUGGAGUACUACAUAAGCCUUAUUUCAUGAUUUAGAUAGCAGGUCAUUUCAUCAAAGAGUUCCUGUUUUUGUUUGUUUUUUUUUUUUUUUACAUGAACGCCGUUUGGUUUGCAGUUCCCAAAUAUGAGCCAUUGUCAAAUAUUGUAAUAGUGGUGAUUAGCUAUGCAGAAGUACUAUCCCAUUUGGGAAUUUGUGUAUUUCAGCCUCGAUCAUAGUAACAUGAAUGCUCGUAAACUAGACUGUGUUAUAUGUAGGUUACGGGUUGUGAAAUGACUUGCUAUUUAACGAUGGCAUGGAUAACAUUCAACAAUUAAAUACUUAUAAGACAUAAUUUUCUUAAACACCACACCAUGUUAGUGUCUGCAGAUAGGCAUUUCAACUGCAAAAAAAAUAGUGAAAUAACCAGAAUGAUUCUAAGAUCUGCUCUGCUUCAUGCCAGAAAUGGAUGUGCAUGAGAUCACUUGUCAUGUUUACUGCUCUAUACCUGCACAAACAAACAUUACUUUGGUGUAAAAAUGCAAUUUUCUUUCUUUUUUAAACUUCUAAAUCACAUUUCUCUGUACUUGCUAAGAUUACAUUCAUUUCUAUGUAAAAUAUUACUGGAGAUAACAAAAUCCCUUUCUGUAUAUUUUGUACCUGUGAUGUGACAUUUACAAGAUUUUCGUUUCUCCGUCAGGACUUUUCAGUCAGAUUUUUGAAAAGAUUCCUGGGAGGGUAUUUGGAGAAUGAUGAAAUUGAAGAGAUUUGAAACUAAUUAGAAGAUUUAGUUGUGAUAAUGGUUGAAGUCUCUGAAGUAGAAUUCAUUUUUUAUUUUAUAUUUCCGUGCACUGUUUCUCACUCCUAAAUGUUGCAAGUUGUUUCUGUCAUUUUUGUAGUAUUGUGAUGAAAAAAUAUGAUCAUGAAAAAUUAUAAAGCUCAGGGCAUGCCUCAAUUUCCAAUUGUAGAUUAUUUCUUGGAAGGAUGGAGAAAAGAAAAACAUUCUUUGUGAAUUUAAUGGUUUUCUUGUGAUAAUUUAUUAUGCGUCUGGUGUAGAAAAAACGAUCAGCUGUAUGUGUAGUUAGGAGGAUGUAGCGUCAUUUGUCUGUUUUAUCUUAUAGUACCAGAUGGAAUUAUAGUAGAUAAAAGAUAGAUGUUAUUAGUCAAAAACUCACUCAUGAUGAUGAUGAUGUUGAUGAUGAAAAAAGAAAAUGAUUAAAAUGUCAUAAAAAAUAGAAAAAAAGUGGAUUGAUGCAGUUGACAAAUUUUCCAGUUUUAUAAUAAAUUAUUUGAACCAAGUAUGAGGAAAGGACUGUAUUGAUCAGAAAAAAAUA